AUGGAGGAAGACAAUCACCACAUAAGAGAAGAUGAAGUCGAAGAGGUAAAUCAUAAGUUGAAAGUUAAUUUUUUUAAUUUUUUUCAAUUUCAGGUGAUAGAAAUCGACGAUGAACAAGAGGUUCAUUACGCGAGCGAUGAUGAGGAUCAGCAGAGUACCUCGAAGUGAGUUUUCAAAGAUUUGUAUCUCAACAGCAACGUUUUUGAACAAAAAAACAACAAGUAAAAUUUAAAAAUAUUUUAUUAAUGUUAGUUUUUUUGAAUUUCAGCGCCGGAAUGGACGUUCAGCAGGUGGUCGACGACUCAAUCUUGUCCCUACAGGCCCAUUCUCAAGACUGUUUCGCCAUCGCCAUGACGGCCGAACGUUGGCUCGCCACCGGCGGCGAAGACGACGUCGCCUUCAUUUUUGAUCGCGAUAUUUCUGGUUUCAAAUUCAAUUAUUUAUAUAUUUGAUGAGUUGAAAUGAUUCAGACUCGGACCCGGUGCUGAAAAUCGAGCACAAAGACUCGGUCACCUGCGUAAUGUACAAUAAUAGUGGAACUCUGCUAGCCACGGGUGAUAUGAGCGGCCGGAUCGUCGUGACCGAGUUGAGCACUUUGAAGCCAAGAGCCGAGGUGAUUUUUUCUAGCCUCAUUAUUGGGAUUUUUUUCAUUUUUUGUAUUUUUCUUUAUUGAUCAUUUUCCAUUCUUAUUAAACAAAGAUUUCGGACAAUUUUUUUAGUUUUAAUUUAUUUACACUAAGACAUUGGUAGCGUGAAACGGACGUCCUCUGAGCGAUUACGCUACUAAAGUUGUCACUAGAAUCGCCCAAAAACGUCAGUUUCGCGUUUCCAAUGUCGGAGACAGCACCUAAAACUAAGACCAUUUAUCGUUUAUUCUUUUAAUUUCAAACUGAAGUCUUAUUUUUGACAUUCAACUAUUUUUUUGUAUAACAUUUUUUUCUUUAAGAGCUAAAUAAUCUGAAGUCUGGUUUUUUUCAAUCAAUCCUAAAUUUUUCAUCAUUGCUCUCAUUAAUAAGAUACAGAGUUCUCAAUUUAUUGACUGAAUUUUCGUUUCAUUAGGCUUGAAAUUUUCAAAAAAAAAGGUUGACUCAAAUAUUUCUCCAAGUCAAUGUAGCGACUAUAUUGAUCAAUUAAAAAAAUUUCAAUUUUUCCAUUUCCCGUGAAUUUUUGAAGAUUUUUUUGUGAUAUACAACUUCAUAGCAUUUUUAGAGUUAUUUUUAUAUAUUUUGGUCUGAUUUUAGUCAAAUUUCAAUCAAUUAGUCUCCAAAUUUUGAAAAAUAGUAGUGUAUUUUGUUCUUUUUUGAAAGUUUUUAAAGCUUGACUGUAUUUAUAUGAUUCCUGUCAAUCUUGAUUUUAAAAUUCAGUUUCUCCUAACCCUUUUUGAUUUUUUCUGUAGCUUUCUCAACAAGUAACGAGUAUAUUUCUAUAAUUCUAUUCCUGAAUGCCUUCUAAUUUCGUCAAGUCCAAAUUAAUGAGAUUUUUAAAGACCGUAAUAAAGUUCUCACUGCUUCUGAUUCUUUGUUUCUUCAACUUUCCCUGUUUUUAUAUAUUUUUUUUCCAGAUCGACGAAUGCAGCGACUUGGAAUGGAUGCUUUGGCACGCGACGGCCGAUAUUCUAUUCGCUGGCGAUAAGGACGGAAUCCUGUGGAUGUGGCUAAUUGGAAACAAGGGAAUCGCCCAAUCAAAGGUACCUUUUUUCUUAUUUUUUUCGUUGAAAUUUAUUUUUAUCGCAGUCAAUUUUUCGUAUUUUCUCAUGAUUUCUGUCUUUUUUGGUUCACGGUACUUUGGUCCUCCUUAUUUGUUAUCUUUUUCUCAAACUGUUGGCUAGAAUUUUCCAUUUUGAUAGUGGGGAUCGUGUCUGUUGAUUGAAACGUGGAAUCAGGGUAUCAUGAGAGGGAAUUUUCCUUGGUUUUUGACAUUAUUUGAUGGUUUGAAGGGUCUGAAGAGCUUUGAUGUGUUGUUUGAGGGGAAAAAAGUCAGCUGAGAGGUUAGAAAUUACAUUUUGGGGUAGGAAACUAUCGAGGUCCUGACUAGUGUUCUGAGGGGUUAUUUGGUGAUUUUGAAUAGUUUUGGAGUUUCGAUUUGAAUGUACAUAUUUUUUAGAUUGCUAGAAAUGCUCCUUUCUGACCGUUUUUUGUUGGAUUAGAUUAAUUAGAUUAGAAGUAUUUUUAAAUUACCAUUUUGUUUUCAAGAUUUUCGUGCAAUUUUUCAAGGUUGAUUAUUGAAUUUGUAGUUUAAAAUGCAAGAAAGUUUCAUUUUCUGCAGCUUUUGAGGUUAUAAUUGACGUGAGAAACAAAAUUUUUGUGAUUUUCAAUUUUUUCAAUUUUUGCUCUUCUGUCGUUACAUGAAAUCGUUAAAAACUCCAUAGGGAGUUUAAAAUUUACUAUAAUGAAGUCCUUGCCGAGAGAGUUAGUUUUCCUAGCAACUUUACAACUCUCUCUCUCUCCGGGUUCAUAGUACAAUUUUACCCUUCUAUCAAACUUUUUUUUCACUUUCGAAUCAAAGUACCAUAGUCCAAUGUUUAUUUGGGCGUUUUGAAUUUGAAAAACACCUAGAAACUAGGCUAUCGGACUUGUUUUCCUCGCCUAUCGGACCUCCUGCUAUAAAAUAGGAAACAACACAUUUCGGUCCACAACAACAAGACCUAGAAAAAAGCAAAAGGGGAAAAAGAAGGAUUUACGAGCGACGUAGGGCCCGCAAAAUUCGCACGUCAAACAAAAGAAGUGCAGGACAACACAGAGGUUUUGUGUUGUCCGGCGGGGCUACGACGCCAGAAAAAAUCGUCCUUUCCAACAGAUUGAAAGAAAGAAUCGGACGAUUUUUCGAAGGGAAUUUGAAAUUGUAGAGAGAAAUAAUGAUGGGUUUUGCAAGGAGAGAGCAAUAUUUGGAGUUUCUUGGGGAUUUCAAUAUCAAAUUUGACUGUUAAAUAUGCUUUUUAUUUGCUUCUUUUUCAUUCAAAAAGUCUAUGUAUUUCGAUUUUUUUGAAGAAGGAUAUUAGAUAUUUUGCUUUUUUGGUGUGUUGAAACGAUGAAUUUUAUAUCAGAAAGUUCGUUUUUCUAUCAAUUUUUUGACACUUCUCGUUAAGGAUGAGGAUUUUUGAAUCUUUAUGGGAGCUCUUUAGGAGAUUUUUGGAUAGUCUUUUUUUUUACUGGUUUUCCUUACUUAUAGUGAAUCUAUGGAACAUAGGGACAAAAAAAUUUCAUUUUUGAAAAGUGUUUUUAUUCAACUUCUGAAUCGAAUUUUCGAGUUUUUUGAUUAAUUUCCUUUUCAAUUAAUUUUUCAGUAGAGAAUAGGGAUUUCCAUUAAAAAUAACACAUGACAGAAAUAAAAUUUUCCCAGCCGAUUCAGCCUUUUUUUGUUGUUUUUUGGUUGAAAUUUCCAAAUGAUUCACGCGGUUUCGCAUUAUGUUUUCCAUUGAGAGGCUCCCAAGAAAGUCAUAUUUCUCCGUCUUUUUCGAAAUUACAAUCCCAAUGAGUCAUCAUUCCGUGAUGAAAUUGCCUUGUUCUCGACCAUAUUUUGAAUUGAAAAGCAAUAUAACGCGAUUUGGGCGUUGCGAAAUCGGGGAAAUCCUCUUCAAAUUUUGUGUUUAUUUGCCAGUUUUUGAGGGCCGAAUUUCAGUGGUUUUUGAGGUCUUGGAGGUGAAAAAAAAGUCUUCAAGGAUGCAAAGUGACUUUGAAGUUGGGAUAAAUUUGAAUGGAUUUUGAGGAAGUUUGAAAUAUUCUUUAAAGUGCAUCAGGAGUAGUAGUCCAAUGAGUCCAUGUCUUUUUCAAUUGUGAAAAAGGAAAAUAUCAGAAGUGAAUAGCAUUUUUUGAAGCUCCCAAAUGAUUUUAUAUAACAUUAAAGAUUUGAAAAAGCAAAUUUUCGGCUCCUAGCCAACUUUGAGCUUCUAAACCAUUAAAAAACCAAGUUUUAAGAUUUGAUUCCAAGCUUGUUGUGAACUUUGAAUGUAGACAAUCUAAAUAUCAUGACUUUUAGUUUCAUUAGGCUCAAAAACCAGUUUUUCAUUAAAAUAUUCCGUGUAUCAGUUUCGAGGGGUUUAAAAUUAAAAUUUUUCUGGAAAAGGCCUAUUUUUGAGCAUUUUCGACCACUCCUCACAGAUUAGGGAGCUUGAAAAUCCCCUUCAAAAAUCCAAAAAGUGGGAAACUUACAAAUUUUUGUAUUAUCCGGGGCCUACAAAACUAGAAAAUAGCCUCCGGCGCCGCGCAAAUUGUGCGUCGGUGCGCAAAAGUUGUUUACGGCCGAUCAUUUCCGCGUACUCUGCUCCCUCUCCAUUUCCCAUAUCCUUCGUCAAACAUGACUUCUCUACUCCCUCUCUUCCAAAUGAUGACCCACCGACCCGGACACAACGACAUCGCCGUCAACGACGACGGCGACGAGAGAUUUGCAAAAUAUCCCUCAGAGAGAGAAGGAGAGAGAGAUUCCCAGUAAACAACCGGCCCCUUGAGCAAGAAUAGAAAUGGAAAAUAAUUGAUAGGUUUUUGCGCCGGCGUCUGAUAAUUGGGUGGGAAAAUGUCAGCAACCACGGCUCUUUGUAGUUUUGGUCUCGGGUUGAUCAAAGUCCAUUUUUUUCACAGUUUUGGGAAUACUGAACUUAUAGUGAUAACUGAUUUUGGCUGGUCUGGAACCUAUUUUCACGGAUUUUGGACUCAAUAACUUGCUGGGAAACUUCUAGUGGCCACUAUAGAGCCUCCGCAAGGACUACUUGAAGAGGACACAAAAGUGGCCACUGAAACCACCUCUAUAGAGGCCACUUUAAUAGUUUUAGUCAUCUAGUAGUACCACUUAGAAAGUCUAUAGUGGCCACUAAUUUUUAACCCCUAUAGUGACCACUAAUUUGACGACUAUAGUGGUCACUAAAACGUCAAAACCCUAUAGAGGCCACCAAAGUUUUUCCCCGGUAUGAGAAAGCGAUAAUUAGUGUCUAAUUUUUUUGAUAGAUUAAAGUUUGGAGCUGUAAUUGGUGGGGAACUGGAUUCAAAUUGCUGGAAAUCUAUCGUAACUGGUCUAAAUUGCCCAUUUUCGAAGCUUCUACAAGAUUUCGAAAAACCGGAUUUUUCGCCCUGUAAUAUUUGUGAAAAUCUUUUUUUUUCCUUCUGAACCAAUUUCGGCUCUCUCAGGGAAAUGCUUCAAUUCUCAAGUCUUUUUCCUUCAAAAUCCAAUUUUCAAGGCGUUCCAGCGAUCGAAAAACACUUCAGAACUUCAAUUUUUUUUUCCAAAGUGAUUCAUGUAGUUGUAAUUGUUGCCCAUCAACCUAAAUUUGCCGGAAAAAGAACCAGUUUCCAUGGUGGAUGAUUAUAAAGAGAGAAAAAUGGGUAUUUUGCAGCGAUUUCCGAUUUUUGAUCCCUUUUUUCGGGAAAAUUCUUGAUUGAAAGUAAAUUUAAGUUUUUUAUGGAUAGAUUGAGUGUCCAAAAAUAAAACUAGGUCCCCCGAAAAUUGCAACGGGGCGAGAAAUAAAAGGACCCCUCGUCAGUGUGCAGCUGGCAGCCUCAGCCGCAGAAACCUCAUUACGGCCGUUAUCAGCUGUCCUCCAAAUUGUCUGCGCCUCUCGCGUUUGCCUACACUCUAGCCGUUCUAACUUACUUCUCUGCCUGCUCACUUUUCUCGCGGUCAACGGAGAGAGAGAGAGAAAAGUGUAUGGCUUCUCUGGAGUCUCGUUUUCUCUUCGACUAGCUUCUCUGGGUUCUCUCCGUCUCGGUGGUUUAAAUUUGGAGAUUCGAGGGAUUUCCUACGCAAUUGGCAGUUUUAAAUGAUUGGAAAAUGGGAAAAUUCGAGGAAUCGUAAUAUUUCUCGAGACUUUUACAAGCUCUCGAUAAGAAAAUGGAAUGAUUUCUAGAUGGAUCUUUUAAACGAAUAAAAAAAUGGACAAUUCCAGGACUUUCCUACUCAAUUGGUAGUUUAGCAUAGAUGGAAACCGGAGAAUUUUGAAGAUUGAAUUUGAACAUCAAGUUUGUCACUUCGACUAGCUUUUCUGAGUUCUUUCAGUCCCUUUGAGGAUAAAUUUAGAAAUAAGAGUUUGUAUGGCUUCUCUGGCCUCUCACCUUUUCCUAGAGACUGUCAUUUUGGCCAGCUUCUCUGGGUUCUCUUUGAAAAAUUCAAAAAAUUCAAGAUCUUCUACGCAAUUAGUAUUUUUCAUGGAGUGGGAAAUGGAAAAAUUGAAGGAUUUGCUUGCCUUCCCUGGAUUCUCUCAUUUUCCUCAAGUAUUUCGCUUCGGCUACCUUCUCUGUGGUCUCUCAGCCUCUUCAAGGUGGUUUAAAUUUAGAGAGAGAGAGUGUGUCCUACGCAAUUGGUAUUUCAAAUGAAGUGGGAAAUGGGAAAAUUCGAGAAGUCUCUGUCCUCUCUUCGGUUUUCUGAGUCUAUCGCUUUAGCUAGCUUCUCUCGACGCUCUCCGCUUGUUCCUAAUUUGGAAACUGGGAGAGUUAUAGAGGAUUUUACGUGUCUAGCUCGAGAUUUUCAUUGUUGAUACCAAAUUUUCUGCACUUUGAAAGCUUCAAAGCAUGAAAAGUAUAUUCAAAUGGAAAUUUACUUCGAAAAAGACCAAUUUUUCUAGUUGGCUUGCCUAGAAGGGCAAUUUUACUGUUCGAAAAAAUAAAUUUUGGUCGAAAAAGAGACUUUUUCUGGCUUUGUAGAAACAUAAUUUUCCUUCUCAAACUAAUCCCAAAAAGGAAGUGAAGACAUGUUUUCAUGUUUCAUUGGUUUCUGAGUCACAGUCUCUUCCAAAAAAUUUUCCAAGAAACCCGAGAAUCUAUUCUUCUCUGUCCCUCUCUAGACACACAUGACGUCGACGUCUCCUUUCGCUCUAAUUGUGAUUUUGUUGGUUGGUUGGCCGCGACGGCGGCGGCGGACAGCGGGGGGAGCCGUGCGGGAGACUGAGAAGAAGGAAAACGAAAAGAAAAAGAGGCGAGGGACCAACCAAAAAAGAGAAGGAAAAAAAGAAGGGACGACGAAAUUGGGGCCGAUCUUUGUUGGAAGAAGAGCGAUUUGAGUGGUUUUCGAGGGGCUUGGAAGCGUUUUCCUUUUUGAGGCUGUUUUUUCAAGAUUUUUUUGGGCCUUGAACUUGAUUUGGAAAAAUUAAAUUGAGCAAAUGGAUCAGUGAGGAAGAAUUUCAGCUUUUAUUGCUAAAAAAAAAAUUUACAAUCGUUCUCAAACUUCAAAAGAACGAUUCCUCAUAAGAUUUUAUGUAAGGUUUUUCUUCAUUUAGAGACUUUAUUUUUUUAAGGGAUCAUUUUGGCUUGAAAAUGGCUCAGAAGUUUUGAAAAAGGGCUUUUGAGUGGAUUUUUCUCUUAUCAUGAAAGAGUUUUAAUGAGUUCUGAAAGAGCUAAAGAAGUUCAAAACUUGAAAAAUCUUAUUUAGUGGUUUCAACAAGUUUCGAACCUUGAUUUUGGUAGCCUCAAGUUGAUUCACUCUAUUUGUUUAUUUUUUUAAAAACUGUGACCUUAUCAGCUUUAGGACUUCAGUCCCAGUUUGAAAUCUGAACACCCAAAACUUGGAAAGUAUGUCAUUUCUCCACUGACAUUUUGCUUUAAAAUGCACGUGUAUCCAUUUCAAAAAGCGUCUGGAAAUCGGAUUCCCGUCCUGUGACAAGUUUCGAGUUGUUUUUCUGAACAAAGGAUGUUUCAAAGACCUCGAAAUUGCGGUCAUUGUCAGUUUUUAUUGCGAUGGUCAGUGGAGAAACGUGUUUUCCUGAUCAGUUUGCUAUUUUAUUGCUUUAAAUUGACUUUCUUGAUUCAACUCGCUCAAUUAGGAGUAUAGGGAAAUGACUACUUUCAUUGAAAAUUAGAAAAAAAACUUUUUUUUUCAAGGAUCUAAAGCUCAAAAAUUCGUUUUCUUUUCAGAACAUAUUGCAACGGACCAAAAAAACAUUCUCAUCGAUUUUAAAGCCCUUGAAACGAUUUAAAAUUCAAAAAUCCAAAGAAAAAUUUCCCAAUAGCCUUUCCAACAGUUCAAAAAACCAUUUUCUCUCUUGCCCCAAGUUCUCAAAACAUUUUCAAAACCCAUCAAACAGGACAGACCACCAACAAAACACUGGUUUCCCUGAUUUACAGCGGCCACCUCCAGCAAAAAAAAAAAUUGAGAGAAAAAGAUGCUGAAAGCGCAACGACCCAUCAUCCAUCAACCUCCGGGGAAAUGAAUGAAAAAAUUGGCUCCUCUGAGGCAGAAAAAGGGGAAAUGUAUUGGCUGGGGAUCGAAAAUUAUAAGCUUCUCCUUGUUUUAUUGGAAAGGAGGGAAAUUGAAGGUUUACACGAGGUUUUGGAAAACUGUGAAUGUCCUCAGUUAUGGGAAAGAAUUUUUUGAUGGUUUUGAAAGGUUUUAAGAGUCCUCGAUUCAAGAUUGAGUCGAAAAAUAAGCAUAUUUAUAACCAAAACACAGAAAAGCUCCAAAUUUUUGGCCCAAUUUGGCUGAAAUCGGCUAAUUUGAACACGCUUCGAGUUCAGAAAUCAAGAAAACCAUCAAAAAUUACCUAAAUAUACUAAUUGAGGAUUUGGGAAUUACUGGUUUUCCAAGAAAUUCGUUUCGUUUCGAGACCUAUCAGUCGGGAAAUUUUUCCGCCACCGAAGUGCUUUUUUACCCCAAAAAUCGGUCCAGUUCAUUUUGCUGUAAUUUUUUCAAAUUUCAUCCAUCUCUCCCCUCUACAAGCGGCUUUUUAAAAAUUAAACACGACCACUAUUACAUUAUUAACAUGCCCACAGAGCCGAUCCGAUCCAUCAAACUCUCUCUCUCCCAAUCAUUUAUAAUUAGCUGCUCGAAUGGACACACAGGAAAUUGAAGAGAAAAAGGAGACUGCGGGGGCAGAAAAGAAGAAAAAAAAAACACACACAGACAUAGAAUAAUAAUUGCUUUUGGACGGCGGCUGCAACUUUUUGCAACACAAGAAGGGACUUAGGCGCCUAAAAAUUCUCUGUGGGACUUUUGGAAGAAUUAUUGACCUAAGGAUUUCUGUUUUUUGGCCUUGAAAUGGUUGAAAAGUGUGGCUUUACAUGGAAGAGUUUUUCAAAAAACUAUCAAAACCUUCAUUUUUCCUGCGAAAAUGCCCUUUUCAUCUCGAUUUUUUGCAUGCUAGGCAUAAUUUCAGUAUUAAUACGGAAUAUUGAUAAGGAAUUGUUGAAAAAAAGUGUUUUAUCCAUAUGGUAUAGAAGUAGGGUCUUUAGGAAGACUAGAUCUGUCAUUUGUGAUUUUUUUUAAAAAAAGGAAAAAAAUUCCCUUUACUCCGUCGAAAAAUGGCCAAAAGGCUUGUAUUAUGAGAGCUAUUCAGUUAAUCUUAAAGAAAGAAGUAUUUAUAUAUAUUUUUUUUUUCAAUCCUCGUUCUGAAAACUAUGAAUAAUCGUUUUUUCAUAAAUAACUUGAAGAGUUGAGCUUUUCCACGCGUCUCUGUGGGCGAUCAAUGUUUUCCUAGACCUGGAUCCCUUUCCAAUAUCAAAGAACAGAAAAUGCAGGGCCGAACCUCAACAAAAAAUGGAAACAGUCUCCUUCUUUCCUUUUGGGAAGAACAUUUGAACCGUUGAGUGUUUCGUCCUCGACGUGCGUCGGCGAAAAAUCAAAAAAAAAGCGAAAUAAAGAAAUGUUUGAAAACACGAGCACGUGUAAUGGAAACAGCCUGCACGAUUUGAAUUUUGAAAAGGUUCCGAAAUAGCAUUUUUGGGAUGAUUGAUAUUGAAAGACCAUCAAAGAUUGUCGAUUUUUGAGAUGGAGAGCAAAAAAUGGCCCUUUUUGGUAGGAAAUCGUUCUGUUGGUGUUCAUCUAGACUGUUACAAGUUGCAUUUUGUUGCAAAGUUGCAAGUUUGAGAAUUCGAAAUUUUGGUUUUUCGAAAAUUCUUGAAAAUCUAAGUUUGAAACGCUCUUGAAAGCGUUGAAACUUGAAAAAGUCCAUUUUUUUUUGUUCCAAUGCUUUCGAGAACCAUUUUUUCCUUUAUCACUGUUUUUCCUGCCUAAAAGUGGGUCCACUGUGAUCGGAAAUCACUAGUUGAUGAUCAGAAUAAUGCGCCAAACUCCAAAAUGCAAUCGUAUGAUUUUUUGUGGUUAUAUUUUAAAAAAAAGUCUCUUGACAGUACAACAUUUUGCAUUUUCCACGAUAUUCCAAGUAAAAUAUCGGUUUCAAUCUUCCCAUUUUUUGUAGCUUUGACCGGUCAAAGUUUAUGUCUUCUUUCCCUUUCACUCUCUCUUCCAACUUUCCCCCCUUUCUCUGCGUCUCCUCAGCUUCAUCUAUUUCGCGUCGGCGGCGGAGCGUUUUGACGUGUUCUGCGGCCCCGACGAGAGAUAAAAUAUAUAUAUAUAUUACGGCGAGAGGGAUCGCUGGGUUCAUUAUUUUCACUUGGAGUGGUAUAGAAAUGGAAAGAGAGUGGACAAAUGUUAUCAAAAAAAGAGCUGUAUUUUAUGUAAAUCGGUUAGGAAAAUGAUAGUUCGGAGGUCAAAAAUUUAAAAAGUUCUUGACCCUUUUUCAAUUGGUGGAGAAAAAAUUAUUAGUUUUGAAAAUAGGUCUGAUAAUUGUGCAGUUUCUCCCUCUAAAAGUUCACAAUUUUUCUAAAGUUUGCUGAAAAAAUAAGCUUCCAAUGACCUAUUCUUAGAUGUGCAGGUUUGCCCACCAUUUCAAAUUUUCCCACUCAAAACUUGAAAAACUUCAACUUUCACUCGUCCAAUUUCAGUUUUUCUUUUCGCGCUUCAAGGCUAAAAUCUAAAUGGGAGGCUUUUCAAAGAGAGAUGGAGAGACAAAUAGAGAGAGGGGGAGAGAAGAGACACAGAGAGGGGAAGAGAAAGAGAGAAAAAAAAAGAGUUUUACAUUACGCUGGCCGCUCUGCUCUGCUGCACUACACACACACACGCGCACGCACACUCACGUAAACACUCACGUACGCUCAUAAAAUCCUCACAAACAUAGAGAGAAAAAGGGAGAAAGAGAGACACGUAUUCGUCAUUUGGAAAACAGACCAAGAGAGGGACCUUUUAUCGAGGGGUCGUCGGCCGUACAGAUCGGCCGGCGAUACUCCUAAACACAAAGAAUCGCCUCUCUCUCCCAGGGAUAACCAACAACUUUUUUGGUAGGAGAGAUUUGAGGGGUUGAGAUGGCAAAAUGGAUGAAGGGACUUGGAAAUGAAGCCAAAGAAAAUUUUUUUUAUUCAACUAAGUGCAAAGGAUUCAUGAGAAUGUCCCUAAGAACAACCUUGACUGUCAGGGGUAGCGAAAAACUAAAUUCUGACGGUUAUAAUUAAGAUUCGGGGUCUACAAAGGCAAAAAAAAAGAAUUUGCACAUAAAUAUGAACAAAUUCAGCAUCAUUCCUAUCAUUAAAGCCAUCAUUCAAUUGCUACCAUGUUUUGAAGCGUUUACCAGUUGAAAAAACAUAUUGAUAAGUUUCACGGGUUUUGAGAAGAUGAAAUUGACGAAUUUUUGAUGUUUUCUGGAUUUUAACAGAUGGAAUUUGGGCUUUUGCCUACCACUAGAUCGUCAUUCAACUGGUAGCUUUCAGUUUUACGCUUUUAUGGAAGUUUGAGGACUUUUAACUCGUGCUGAACAUUCUGAAACAGCCAAAAAAAUAACUGAUAUCCAAAAAUGUAGCUUCUGAGGCUUUCUUAAUCUUUAAAUUUGGCCAAUUGAUGUCCAUUACGCGAAAAUUUUCAACUUCUGGCUCAAAAAUCUGGCUUUUUAGACUGGUUUCCAGAAUUUUUCAACAUUGAAAAGUGACGAUCUUCAGAAUCUUGAAGGCGAAAUUGUGUUUGUAUGUAGUGUCAUGAAUUUCUUUGAAGCCCAGGAAAGUUUGGUUCUGGAAAAACAGUUGAUGGAUGUGUUUACAAAAAGUUCAGUUUUCAGCGUUUUUUGUGACUUUUUCCUGUGUUGAGGCCGACUUGUUAGAUUUUGUUAUGUUAGGUCUUCCAGUUUUUAGCGAUUUUCAAUCAUUUUCAAUUUUUUUUUUGAGCCUGAGCAUUUUAGCUCGCUUUAUUUAUAAAGACAGCCAAAAAGGGCUUCUUUAGGUUGACUCUAAUCUUUAUUCUGAUAAAAUUUGAUGUAUUUGAACCUUUUUUCAAGCGUAUUCAUGACCAAAAUUAGCAAGUCUGUACAUUCGAUCCAGUUCCAAGCUUUUCCAUUUGUUUUGAACUUUCUCCUUUUGCUGCCAAGAAGUAAUUGGAGACGUGGGAGGGAGCGCCUGCUGGUGGUGGCCCGAAAAUUUGCAUUCGCAAGAAGGGGGGCUAAUUAAACGGUGAAGCGGAACGGAGAAGGAAAAGCUUCGAAAAGAGCGGGCGCCAUUUCGUGUGAGUGGGAAAAAGGUCGUCAGUGUGUGUGGGAAACGAACUUUGGUAUUGCCUUUGUGUCUUUUCAUGUGUGUGUGUGUGUGGGUACACACACAAUGGGGACUCCUUCUUGUUAUUGGAAAGCUCUUGUUAUUUUCAGCCGUGACUGCGAGCUAAACAUGGCUUCUUUCAAUGGAUUUCGACAUGAAUAAGCAAGAGGGACAUUGGGGAAUGAAGGGGAAAUCUGAACUUUCCAUUUCCAUUGGAUAUCCCUGAAAAAAACUUGAGAAUCUUGUUGUCUUCCUGUUCUGGAUAUGCAAAAUUGCGUAAAAAUGAACAAUAAAAGGUAUUGAAAUGACACAAAACUGGUUGGAUGAUUGAAUAGAUCCUUGCAAGGGAUUUUGACAUUAGAAGCUUGGGAAAAUAUCGGAAAUCUGAAGUUCUUUAUGUUCUCGAAUAAAUUUGAAAGUUUUUGAUGAAUUGAUUGGGUCUAUGGCCGUGAAUGGCUUCUAAAGAGGAGUUCGGAGAUUUCAAUUAAAACAUUCCUCGAAAAAAUGUGACAGAUAUUGAGAUACCAUGGGACUGAACUUUUGAAUUUUCAUGGAUUUAUUGAGAUAUUUUUGAAUUUUUGAAGAGGCUCAAAACAGUUACAAACAUACUGCGCCAAAAAAGAAACUGGUCAAACGAUAAUUUUCCACUUUUUCCUGUUCAAUUUCGUAACAGAAGCUCGUUUUAAAACACAAAUCUUCAAGGUCAAGGUUCUGAACAAUUUCCAAAGGACAAUUUUCGAUCUCAGAUUUAUAUCAGAAAGAAAAAGUGUGUAGUUUUGUAAGAGCUUUCACAUUCAACGUAAUUUGUAUUCACAGAGCGGAAAUUGUUUCUUUUUUGGAAGUGUACUUUGUACUGGGAAUCUGAACUCCUUCAACAAGUGUAUAAUUAGACAUGUUAUGUCAGUAUAGCGAUUUUUGAUACAGAAAUAUUGAAAUGCUGGGCGUUGCCUUGGUGAUAAGACAGAUUUUUGAUGUUACACGUGAUAAAUAUUAAAAAAUUCUUUUGUUGGCAAUCGGGCAAAUACUGUAUUGAAAAGGUUUUCAAGUAGAAGACUUUCCCGUUUGAAAUGGUUCUUGGGGUACUUUUUAUAAACAUUUUAAAGAGCGAAAAUCUUAAUUUUCUUAAGAAAUUCAAUCAUGUUGAUCACAAAUCACAAUGACACAUGUAUAAAAAGACAUGUGACGCCCUUUUUUGGUGUUUAUUUUGGCUCCGAUCCACCAGAAUAUACACACAUUUCAUCGAUAACAGUUCUUAUCAGUUGAAAAUUGAUUUUUGAAGACUGGAAACGAGUGAGAAAUUCAGUUUUUAACUGCCAAUUUAGUCUUGCUGUUAAUUGUGUUUUUAUUCAAAGAUCAAGACUUUGCUGUAAAAAGAAAACUUUCACUUCAUCACUAAUUAUAACCUAGUCAUACUUCAAAUCACCAUCCUCGCCCCUGAGAACACUUGAUUGACCCGAGGAGAAUAAUUAUAAGGUUCCCGGAAGAAAAUAGCUGUUUUUGUUAUUGAAAUGAAGAUGAUGUUCUAAUGGGCUACAAGGUCAGCUGUUCAGUCUUUAGGGAAAAUUGGCCGUUUCAAGGUUUUACCAGGUUCGAAAAGAGGUUUUGGAUGAAAGUGCAGACUUGAUCUGAUGAGUUUAAAAUACUAGAAAUUAUGAAUUUUAUACACUGGAUCAAGUUAUUGAAACAUCGUCUUUUCUUUUUCCAAACAGAAAGUGUCAAAUGAAGCCAAUGAUAGCAAUGUGGACAGGGGCCUUGACCUUGUAAAGAUAAAAAAACACAGCGAUAAAAAUUGAUGAUAAUACGUCUGGACAAGGGUUUGUAGUUCAAUUCUAGUCCCUUUGAAAAAUAAAAAGAAAGGAAAACAUUUUGAUAUGAAUGAAACUUUUGGGGAAAAAAAAAGUCAAGAGGGAAAAUCUUGUAAACGUUGUAAAAAAAAUGAUAAAAAUGAUGAAAUUUGUAUCAGCCUGUUGGCUCCUUCCUGGGAUCAAACUCGUAUUUGAAAUCGAAGCAGAAUUCGAAAUUUUGAAGAAACGAUGGUAUCGCUGUUUUACUGAACUUUCCUCGACAGAAGUCAUCUAUAAAUUCGGUUUAACUGGGAGCCUUACGUUUCAAAAUCCGAACUGCAAUUGAGAGCAUCAACAUGUUACACAUGUAAAUCAGUGGAUCAGUGCUCAGAAACGAGUGAACUGUUGUUCCCACGAACCUUUGCUUUCAUCCUAUAAAUUUGAUUCAAGAGAAACUUUCUUCUCACGCUUCUAGAAGGAUUCCUCCUCUGAGAGCUUGUUGAACAUGAAAUAGGUUAAAAGCAUGAUUAACUGGGGAAAUUUCCCAUCCAAUUAAGCUUGCGCAGAAACCUGACAGCAAAAAAAAAAAAUCAAAUAGCGUUGAACAUUGAGAAAGAUUGCACGGAGAGCACUUUCUACUGCAGGAGAACAUCAUCUUGACAAAAAUCCUUUGAAAUUCUUCCGGCCAAAAUUCUCAAAUACUCGGUGGAAGUACUGGAUUUCUUGACCUUCAGCUCAAAAAAUGUUAGCGACAAACAUUCGAGCCUAUAAAAUCAGUUUGAGGGCAUGUUUUGUCUUACAUUUUUGGAUAGUAGUCCUUCCCGACCUUCAAGUCAAAAAUGUCGAUUAAAAGAAUUUUUCAAUCGUCAUUGAAUUGAUAGAAACGUCUGCAGCGUUCGGUGACAUUUUUUUGAAUAUAUUGGCUGCGGAUCUUUCAUAAAGCUGAAGCUAAAAAAGCUUUGGAAUGAUAGAACCCACUUUUUUCUACUGUGCCUGGAUAGUGGGUCACAAGUGUCACCUUACUGUUUUGGUAGAAUGCCUUGAGAAUUCAACAUAUAACACUUGGUAGUUGUUUGAUAGCAAAAUGAAAUUCCCUGAGAUUUUGAACCGCAUUUCAUCGUAACACUGGGGAGAACAUCUUCUUUCCAAACUUCCGACCCUACAAGAGCAGUUGAAAUUCGAUUUUUGCCUCACUUUCUGGCAUCCGAGUAAGCAUAAUCUCGCUUCAAAAUCCCACAACUCCAAUUAUUCUGUGAAUCUUCAUAAUUUCCUUCCACUCAACUUGGAGCCAAGUAUCUAUGUCUCCAGUUCUGAAAGGACUUCUAAAAAUUCCUUUUUUUUUUACUUUUUUGAAUACGCUUUAAUCCCUUCUUUCUUUUCAUCCCCUCAACCACGACUGAUUGACUGCUCCCAUUAAAAAUUAAACUAUAGAAAUCUGAAGAAUAUUGGACGAUUUUGAGGUAUACCCGGGAUCCGGCGGCGCUUGUACGGCUGGUUGUCUUCUGCCGGAUGGGAAGAGGCUCCUCGCCGGCUAUUCGGAUGGCAGCUUGAGUGAGUAAAUGAGGAAGUCUUGGUACAGAUCUUGUUGUCAAAUCAGCACGUUCACGGUUUUUGAAUUAUUUUUUUGGAAGAAAUGAGGUCAAGUUUAAUUUUAUGAAAAGCAUUGUUUCACGUCAUUUUUUUUGUAAGAAUGUCGACAGCUCAGGCUUUUCAAGUUUCUGUAGAUCUUCAACAAGAAUUGAAUGUAUAGAGUCUGGAAAAGAGACGUAUAUACCUUGAAACCUAGAAAAAGUCUAUUAUAAAGGAAAGCGAAGAACUAAACUCUCAGUUUUUGAAAUUUUUGUCGACCUUGGUAGGAGUUGAACUUACAAUCUUUCAAUCGUAUAUUUGAAGCUUCUCGGCUUUCCAAAGCUUAGGCUUACCUGAAACCAAUAAUUAUCAACUUUCCUGGAACCAAUGAUUAUCAAAUUUGAAAAAUCAUAUCUCUAAAAGAAAGAGUUUGAGAAGGUAGCGACUGUGAGGAGUUCUAGUCUAGACAUCCAGAAGGUUAUUUUCUUUUAGAAAAUUUAUGACUAAAAUAAUUAUUUUUUUCGUGAGGAGAGUCGAACCUGCGACCAUACGAGCCUCAGAAAAUCUCAAGACCCUGUCUCGAAAUGUCUCUAAAUGUUCGAAAUGAGGACUGGUCUCGAUGUGGAAUUCUUCCAUCCUUAUCGUCUCGAGGUCCCGAGACGUGUCUCACAAGUUUCUCGUCUCGAUUUUUCGAGAUGAUCUUUUGAAAAUUUAUUGAAUAGUCUCAAAAAAUUUGGGAAAUUCGCCUCGUCUCAAUCUUAAAGAAAGCACUUCUCAAACAACCCUGCAACGGAGCCACUUUUCACUUAUUUUUCGAACAAGUCCUCUUUUUAGCUGUGACCGUUUUUCUUCUGUUUCCGUACUUGUGACGCUGUUCUUUCGGAACAACAAAAACAAGAGGAAAACUGAGGAGGAAGCUUUUAGUGGCGGCUCCUCUUAUCCUCCUCUUUUUGAAUUGGCUAUUUUCGCCGUCGCCCUUUUCGAAGCCUUUGAGUGUUUAAUCCGCUUAUGCGUUUUUGCUACAACUGUUGGGGAUUUGCAAGAGUUUUUUUUUGAGAUUUCACAUCAUAGUUUUGGAAGUGAUAAAUAUAUCAGUUUUUAUAUUGCAAAUAAAUGAGGGAUUUUUAUUUUUCUGAACGUUAUGAGCUCUUCUUAAUCUUAAAAAUAAUUUUAAAAGUUCAAUUAAAAAAAUUCGCAGAUUUUGGAUUUUUUUUUUGCGCCUAAAUAGGUCUUUUCCAUUCGUCAUUUGAAGGCGCAAAUUCGAGUUUUUUUAAAUUCUAAUAUCUCCAAUUUUCUUUCUUAAAACUUCUCUGUUCUCUGGUUAGUGUUAAUAUCUUUUUCUGACACACCAGAUUCUUGAAAAAACGGCCUUUUUAAAAUCGCUGAAGCAUUGCUUAUCUCACAGCUGUACGAAAAACAGAAAACACCCCCCGAUGACAUUUCAAAAUGUCGUUUUUACAUAUUUUUAAUAUUCUAUUUUUUUUAUUCUGCUCGAAUGGUCCGUUUUGUUGUGCGUGGGGAGAUUUGAAUACGAAUCGUGGGAACUUUUUGAUGCCUCGGCGAGUGUUUUGAAUGGAAAGGACGUCGCGUGAAGAACAUGGGAACAGAAUAUUAGCCUUUCUUUGGCGAAAAAAGACUAAAAAGAAAACGAUAAAUAGGUCCCAAAUCAUAUAGAAAGAUAGAAAAAGAGCUUAGGGUCAAAAAUAGAAUUUUUUUUUUGAGAUUUCAUGCAAAAGGCUUCUUGCAGUUCAUAAGUGCUUAGUGGGUUCUAUAGGGUUUGAAUAAAUGGAGCACUGAAAAAUUUUCUUAAAACGUGGGUAUUAAGAAUGUUCAUCUCCUCGAAAAAGAUAAGAAAAGCUCGGAUUUAUAUCAGGGAAAUCUACGAGAACCCUAAAAAAUGGGAAAUCCAUUUGGAAACCUCGGACUUUGUUUCUGUACUUGGUGAUGAAAACCAGAUCUUUUGAGAGGAAAAAGCGGUCAAAAAUAUUGGAAUUGAAGCCGUUAUCAAAUGAUUAUCAUCGUAGAAGUAAAAAAAAAAAAUCAAUUUUUACUAAGAAAAAUAUCUAACAUGAACUACAAUGGAAUGUUAAAUUACUAGUUAAUUGGCGCUUUUUUUGGAUUAUACUGAAAAUAAUUUUCAAAAAAACUUCCCAUGAAAAACUGGAAUUGUUGAUUUGACAACAAGGACUUCGAAAUUAAGUUUUCAACCAAGUUAUUCUGAUUUUUCUAGAGCUAUGGAACCUUCGCGAGGAAACGAGUACGAGCAAAAAUUUCUACUCGCCAAUUACAACGAUUGAUCAUCACGUUUCGCAGCCGAUCGCCGUUAUUGGAACACAGAGCGGUAAUAAUUUGAUAUUUCUAUAAAUAUAAGUAGGCUUACCCACUUGGCGAACACCCUGAAAUAGCUUUUUUCGGCUUUAGAACAUCCCUAAUUGAGUUGGUAAGAGGACCGCCUUGAUUACGAACGUAAAAAUUGAAAUAAUGAAUUUUUUUUUGUACCUCCAUAGUUCUUACUUUUGACCCAUUAACACUAGGAUAUGUAUUUGAUAAUUUAUUUCUAUCGCAGAAGGUUCAAAAAAGCUGGCUGAAGAAGUUUGGUAACUCUAAAAGAGCUUUUGGAUUUAUGAAGAUAGGGCAGCUAUGAAAAUUGUCGUAGCGCAAGUAUAUGACCGCAAAUAUCUCUCCUAAUCAUUCUUUUUUUUUCAAUUUGCAACAGUUACAGCCUUUGUUCUUGAAUUCUCGUUCUAGGUACAGUACCGCUCAAAAGUCUAUUAAGUUUUGGUUUUUUUGGGGAUAUCUCAGCGAGUACUUAUCCGAUUUAUAUAUAACUUUCAGGGAUAAUGUAAAAAUAUACUUUGAAACAUAUACGGUAUACAAAGACAUGUCCGCAAUGACUGUGACGCGUUUUAGGCAUUUUUUUAUUGAAUUCCAUUUUUUUGUUUUUUUAUGCUUUUUAUUUUUUUAUUUAUUUUUUUAUUAAAUUUUUUUCAAAAAGUAAUAAUGUUGCCAUAUGUUUUUCGUGUUUUCAGACAUGAGAAGAACCUCUGAAAAAAAGGAUCUGACUGAUAACGACAAAAGAGCCAUCGUUGUGGGUCGUCAAAAUGGACUGACCAUGAUGACGUUGGCAGGAAUGUUCGGCGUGACAGAGGCGGGCCAUUUCUCAGUUCCUAAAGCGUCAGAAAGCUCAAGAUGGCUCUACUAACAGCCAACGCACUGGAAGACCACGUGUCACUGAUCGUAAUGACGAUAGGAACAUUUUGAAGACGUCUAGAACCAAUCCAAGACUCACCGCCCCUGCGAUCAGACGGGAAGUUUUCUUGAAUUCGCCAUCUUCGCCAUCCGUCUCGACCGUGAAACGACGUCUGAAUGCUGCUGGAAUCAUGGGAAGACGUCCAGUGAAGAAACCGCUGAUUUCUGAAAAGAAUCGAGCCGCCAGGGUGAAGUGGGCAAAGGAGCAUCUCAACUGGACCCGUCAAGACUGGAACAAGAUUCUGUGGUCCGACGAAAGCAAGUUCCUCCUCUUCGGGAGUGACGGAAUUCAGUGGGUUCGUAGACCAAUUGGGUCCAGAUAUCAUCCGAAAUACCAAUUACCCACCGUGAAACAUGGUGGAGGUUCUUGCAUGGUGUGGGGCGCCUUCUCUGGAAGUGGCAUCGGACCGCUUCAUCGCGUGAACGGCAUCAUGGACAAGCACGUCUACAAAGACAUUCUCCAGAACCAGAUGUUGCCGCACUUGAGAGCCAUGGGCCGUGGGAGUGUUUAUCAACAGGAUAACGAUCCCAAGCACACUUCACUGUUCGUCAAGGUGAGAAAAAUUGACAAGUAAUUCGUAUGGUUUUGAAACUCAGGACUGGUUCAAGAGCCCUCGGGUCAAUGUCAUGGGGUGGCCAAGUCAAUCUCCGGACCUGAACCCGAUCGAACAUCUCUGGGAAGAGUUGGAGCGACGUUGUGCCAACAAAAGAGCCAAGAAUUGCAACGAGAAGUUUGCUCAACUGCUGUCUGAAUGGAAUCAGAUCCCCAUGUCUACCAUCGACACUUUGCUCAAUUCUAUGCAGAGAAGAUGCCAGGCAGUGAUUGACGCCAGGGGCUUCGCAACCAAGUACUAG